ACCUGUGAAGGGGAAGGGAGGAGAAGGAGGGGCUGAAGAGGUGGUAGGGUUUAGAACGGAUCCGAGAGAUAAUUGGCCAACCAAACCAUCUCCCCGCCCCUCAACCCAGGACUUUCUUUACAUUUUCUCAGCCUCGUUUUGAAAACAUGCACCGAUUCGUGGUUGGUUGGUAUGAGCCUCUGCUUCUCCUGAAUUCUACCAAUGAAAAGACCAGCUCGCAAGGCCUCUCGGGAAAAGGAGCCGGCCUAUAAAAAGGCCUGGUGAUUUAUGCCAUAUCUAUUAAGGAUCUUGAGAAGGGUCGUCCUUUUUUUUGUUUUGUUUUUUCUAUAGGGAUUCCGGAGGCGCCGGCCGGUGAGCCUGGGAGGUGCUACGGUGACCAUGGCGGAGGGGGACAACCGCAGCAGCAACCUGCUGGCUGCAGAAACUGCCAGCUUGGAAGAACAGUUACAAGGAUGGGGAGAAGUAAUGCUCGUAGCUGAUAAAAUCCUUCGAUGGGAAAGAGCCUGGUUUCCACCUGCAGUUGUGGGUGUUGUGUCUUUGGUAUUCCUUUUGAUCUACUACUUAGAUCCAUCUGUUCUUUCUGGUGUUUCCUGUUUCGUUAUGUUUUUGUGCCUGGCUGACUACCUUGUACCCAUUCUUGCUCCUAGAAUAUUUGGCUCCAAUAAAUGGACAACUGAGCAACAGCAGAGAUUCCAUGAAAUCUGCAGCAAUCUGGUGAAGACACGGCGAAGAACUGUUGGCUGGUGGAGACGCCUCUUCACCCUGAAGGAAGAAAAACCUAAAAUGUACUUCAUGACCAUGAUUAUUUCCCUUGCUGCAGUUGCUUGGAUUGGACAGCAAGUGCACAAUCUUUUCCUCACCUACCUUAUUGUAACUUUCUUACUGCUACUUCCUGGACUAAACCAACAUGGAAUCAUUUCAAAAUACAUCGGAAUGGCCAAAAGGGAGAUAAACAAGCUCCUCAAACAAAAGGAGAAGAAAAAUGAAUGAGGCACCUCUUUCAUUCAGUAUCAUAAAUGUGACAGACAUAGUGUUCUUGGGAGCAGUUUCUACAAAGUGUGUGUACUAACAUGUUACAGAAGCACAUUUUUACUUUCUUGUUUAACUUCUGAUUGGCUCUGGAUAAGAUUUUGAGACUUGCCAGUUGAAAGCUCUAUGCAAAAUUCAGCAGAAUGUCUUUACUGAUUAAUAUUGAAAACAUAGAAGAUAGCUGUCUAUGAAAGGACCCCCUCUGGACUUGUUCUUAUUUCAUUACCCAAGGUUCACUGAAACUGAACUGAACUAAAACAACCCUUUAGUAGAGUAGUUUAGUAAUUCACUAGUAUAGUAAUUCACUUUAAUCCUUUAGAAUGUUAAUGGUAACUUGAGUAAUACAGUCCAUCUUGCAAUGGAAAAUCUCAGGUUAACCUUUUCCUCCUAGAGAAAUAGUGGUGGUCUGUGGGUAUAGAAAGUAGGUUUCAUGCCCUGCUUUGAAAAGUUGGCUCUGUGGAUGUAAUGACCAAUUUUGUCACUUCUCAUGAAGAGACCAAUUAGCAUUAAUUUUCCAUUCCUAUCCAGCACCAUGGAAAUGCCCACAGAAUUACUGAGAAGUGGUUCCAUGGCCUAGCUAAUAGUUUGGUUAGUGUAUUUCUCCUAUAAAACACCUUGGCACCUUUGAUCAUUUCUACCAAGUAGCAAUCUGGUACACUGUUGUCAGUGUAACUUCUAUUCAGUAAAUUGUUGAGAAGCUUCUUUAGAGUAUACUUCUAAAUAGAAUCCUACUCUUUUAAGAUGAUUAUCUAAAUUCCUGGCCUGGGGGAGAGAGAGGGCAAAGGAAGAACUAAUGAGUAGAGUCACCAUUAGGUAAAAACUCUAGAAACAGAGUUAUGUCAAAUAGUGUUCACCCCUAGCUCUAAGACCAGACAGGAUAAUUUAACCCUUAAAUGACUUAAGUCCCAUUCUGGGAAAUAACAGAGCUCAUGACAUACCAUUUUAAAUUCUCAGACCUAUAAAGUGACCCAGGUUAAUAGUAUAACAUGCUAGAAAGUCUGCCCGUUGUUUGUAUGAUUUGAAUUUGCCAGAUAUUCAAAUUAUAUUUGGCUUAGUAGCCAGAAAUUGAGGUAGCUUCCAAUUUGAAUAAAGAAGCCUACAAAGCUUUCAGCACUUCUCCAAAAACACCUUCCCCUGUGAAAAUGUCAAGGAAUGUUUAGAAACAAUACUUAAACUCUUAUUAACUAUGAUAUAGUUUUGUGAAUUUAAUUGCACUGAAAUUAUAAAAACUGGGCUGUGAUAUUUAUGUUCUAACAGUAAACUUUUGUUUUCAGAAUACUACUGUAGUCAAGGAGCCCAUGUAGCAUGAUUGGUUUUAUGAAUGUUGUCUGAUAUACAAACCACCUAGAGAAUAUUGCAUUUAUUUCCUCUUGUAAAUAAGCCUGUCUUCAUAGCUGUUUUUGUGUGUUGUACUGAUGACCUCUGCUGUUUUACUCCUGUUUUUCCUUCUAUUGUAUUUUGUGUAGGAAGAGGCAGGAAGAGAAAAAAGAGGGAGGGUAAAGAAUAAAAAAGUUAAACUCUUCACUUACAUUCUAGCAUUUUUUUAAAGCUCAACCGAGAAAAUUAUAUAAUCAAACUUAGAAAUCAUUGUGUUAAUCAGUUACCUUGAAUUCACUAUAACAUUAGAAGUAUUUACUAUAAAAGGAUCUGUCUUACACCUUAUACAAGCCAAUUUGUAUAGCAAAGAGGGUUAUGUGUUUUAAGGUAGUCCCCAUGACAUGGUCCUUGAGGGACAGUGUUAGUUUGGGGAACGAAGUGGGCCAAUUUAGUUGGAAUACAAGCAUGUGAAAGGGGAGUAAUGUGAAAUAAUCUUGGGAAGGUACACUGAAAUCUGGUACUGAGCUGGAAAUGCCAAACUGAGGAGUUUGUAUUUUAUCCCAGAGACUCGAUAGGGAGGGAACCAAAGAAGGUUCCUGAGCAGUAGAGUAGCAUGGUUAACUUGAGUGUCAGGAAUAUCCUUUUGGCAUCUGUAGAGAGAGAAGAGGCAAAGAAACCAACUGGAAAAGUACUUCUGUUGUUCCAGGAGAGAAGUGAUUGAGGGA